AUGGAGGAGUAUGAUGGCUUCAGAAACCUUGAUACUUUCAAGCUGGACAAGCUAGCGGUUUGGGCCCAGAUCCGUCGUCUCCCGGACAAGUUCUUGAUUGAACCAGCAGUAAGAGGCCUGGCAUCGUGCAUCGGGGAGGUAGAAGAAGUCCAGCUCAAGCUCCCAACAGGCUUUUUUGGUGAGUUUGUGAGGGUAAAGGUGAAGAUCGACAUCAAUGCCAAAAUCAAGCGUUUUGUCACUGGCAGAAAGGGGGAGGAGAGGAUCAAAUACCAGGUGAAAUAUGAAAAGUUGCCUACCUUCUGCUACAACUGUGGGGAAUUUGGCCAUUGGCAUGAGGAGUGUGGAGAAGGGGAGCAUGAUUAG